UUGAUUUUAAUAACGGUAUUUAUCUUUCUUUUCCGGCUCUUCACCUGUGCCCAGCUCGGCACGAUUAAUGAAACAAAACGAUAAGAAUAACUGAUCUGGACCUACGAUAAGGCUGCGAUCGUGGAGUCACCCAGGAAUAAACCACAAAGGCCACAAAGGCGUUUUUUGCCUUUUCUUUGUUUAAAGGGGCGCACAAAGGUUGUCGGAUUAAUAUAACUCCUGCUGGUGAUGGGCGUUUUAUUAAGAGCCGCCCGUCCCGUGUGGAUAAAAAAAGGAAAAGCUGACGGUUUUGCUCGCAUCGGUCCAGCAUGGACUCUAGAGGGUCUCCUAUCCUCAGCAUCCACCUACUGCGACGGACGGACGGAGAAAUGAGGACGGCGUGAGGAGAUCCGCGCACAGCCGGACCGGGGACGCGCAUCGCCGCCGAAUCAGAGACAGCCGCAGUUUUUAAUUCCCGGGGACAAGAGGGGGAAGACAGAAAAGCAUCGGCACACCUUCUUUUUGUUAUUUCUGAUCGCAAGGACGGGGAGAGGUUGUAAGACGUGGGAGAUAGUAAGAUGUGAACAUCUACUUCGCUCGUCUGCUCCGGCGUGACUGCACCUCACACUUUCGUGACUCUAAUGAAUGUAAAAGAUCCCAGACGCCGUGCCAUUGCUCUCCUUCGUGUGGGAUUUUAAAACGCGUCCGGGGCCGUAAUGUCUGCGAUAUUUCCUUCUUUGUUAGUCCUCCUCAGCCUGCUGGCAGCGCAUGCCCAGACGGAGAUGAAGCGCGUGGUGGGGGACAAUGCCACGCUGCCCUGCCACCACCAGUUCUGGCAGGCUGACGCCCACAUGCUGGACAUCGAGUGGCUGCUGCAGAAGCCGAGCUCUAAGCAGAAUGUGGUGAUCACCUACUUCGGGGGCAGGGUGUACGAGAUGCCGGAGGGGGCUCCGGGGCGCCUCUCCUUCGCCGGCGACUACCUGAAGGGGGAUGCCUCCCUGCUGAUCAGCGACCUGGCCCUCACCGACUCAGGGGAGUACUUCUGCAAGGUCAAGAGUGGAGGGAAAUACCACUGGAAUACAGUCACCCUCUUAGUGCUGGUAAAGCCAUCCAAGCCUCGCUGCUGGAUGGAGGGGCGUCUCCUGCAGGGCAGCGACGUGAGGCUGAGCUGCCGCUCCGCUGAUGGCUCUGAACCCAUCCGUUACAGAUGGGAUCGGCUGCUGGACAAGGGCAAGAACGUGGGCAGGCUGCCCCCACUGGCACUCAUGGAUCUGAAGAACCCGGAGAUCAUCACGCUGAGGAACCUGACGCAGGACAGCACGGGCAUGUACCGCUGCACCGCCAGCAACGACGUGGGCGAAGAGAACUGCCUCAUCGAGGUCAAGAUGCACUAUGUGCGUGGCGUGGGUGUGGUCGCGGGUGCCGUGGUGGGCGUGUCCUUUGGGGUCCUUCUCAUCAUCCUCAUCAUUUGGCUGGUCUUCCGCAAGAAGGAGAAGAAGAAAUACGAGGAGGAUGAGACCCCCAAUGAGAUUAGGGAGGACGCCGAGGCCCCCAAGGCGAAGCUGGUGAAGCCGCACUCGCUGCCCUCGUCGCGCUCUGGCAGCUCCCGCUCCGGGACCUCCUCCACGCAGUCCAUGGUGCCCAGCAGCGGGCCGCACAUGCCCCCCCAGCGGCCCUGCCUCCCCGUGGUGGCCGCGCUGCGGGAAAACGGCCGGACGACCGCCGGGCUGCCCCCCUCCCCACCAGCCUACUCACGCACCCCUCCCAGGGCCUCCGAGCUGGGCAAUCCCCGGCUCAGUCCCGGGAACCUGGUUCGCAUGGGCGCCACCCCCGUCAUGAUCCCUGCCCAAACCAAGGCCUUUCAGACUGUGUAGAAGGGCUCCCCCCAGUGGCAGCGUGCAGGAAACAUGCAGACAGGAAGUAGCAGACUUUCACAUAAGCAGCAUCCAGCUGCAGAUAUCGUAAUUGAUAUAACUUAAAGGAAUUAAUAAUCAAACAGCGUUUAAAUUAAUGCAUAUUAACAAAAGAGACCUAAAGUUCCUGUCCCUCCAGAUUGAAAAAAUAUUAAGCCCAAGGGUAGACAUUUUUCUGUUUUUAUUUGUAUUUAUCUACAGAUAUGGGUGCAAAGAGAGAGAAGCAGAUAAUUGGAGUUUAUUUCAUUUUGAAACACGCAGAGCUUGUUGCUGACUGGAGAGGUGAUUUGCCGUUACAGAGACAGGGUCAGUGGUCAAAAGGCCCGCAUUGCAUCAGAGGGCUUGUCCUUCACCCUUCAGCAUGUGUCCCAUGUAGAGAGCCCCCUUGGGCGUGCCCGGGUUAGGGGUCAGACGCUAUGCAGACAUUUCAGCUCCAAAAAGCUUGCUAAGAAGUCUGAGCCUAAGAUUUAUCACCAACAGCAAGAGCUCCCAGUACUCAUGUGCAAAGUCCACUAGCUAAGGGGCAUUCCUGUGAGGUUACUCCUCAUUUAACAGUGAGGUUACUCCUCAUUCGACAGUGAGGUUACUCCUCAUUUAACAGUGAGGUUACUCCUCAUUCAACAGUGAGGUUACUCCUCAUUUAACAGUGAGAUUACUCCUCAUUCGACAGUGUGGUUACUCCUCAUUCGACAGUGAGGUUACUCCUCAUUUUACAGUGAGGUUACUCCUCAUUCAACAGUGAGGUUACUCCUCAUUUAACAGUGAGGUUACUCCUCAUUCGACAGUGUGGUUACUCUUCAUUCGACAGUGAGGUUACUCCUCAUUUAACAGUGAGGUUACUCCUCAUUCGACAGUGAGGUUACUCCUCAUUUGACAGUGAGGCUACUCCUCAUUUAACAAUGAGGUUACUCCUCAUUUGACAGUGAGGUUACUUCUCAUUUAACAGUGAGGUUACUCCUCAUUUAACAGUGAGGUUACUCCACAUUUGACAAUGUGGUUAGUCCUCAUAUAACAGUGAGGUUACUUCUCAUUUAACAGUGUGGUUACUCCUCAUUUGAUAGUGAGGUUUCUCCUUAUGUAACAGUGUGGCUACUCCUCAUUUAACAGUGUGGUUACUCCUCAUUUAACAGUGAGGUUACUCUUCAUUUAAUAGUGUGGUUAUUCCUCAUUUGACAGCGAGGAUGCUUCUUAUUUGACAGUGUUAUUACUCCUCAUUUAACAGUCUGGUUACUCCUCAUUUAACAGUGAAGCUAUUCCUCACUUUUCUCAUUUAACAGUGUGUUUACUCCUCAUUUAACAAUGAGGUUACUCCUGAGACAGGUGUGGUGAUUCCUGGAGCAUUUGAAUGGAUCAGAUAUCUAAAAUAUUUCACACAUCGUGGCUCCCAACAAUUAAAGAGUCACACAUAACUGACAGUUUUAUCCACAAGGAGGCGCUCUGCCUUCUACUCGCCCUUGGAUUGGACACUUGACCUUGGACACUCCAGCAAAAACACCCCCCCCCCAGCAUAAAUGGCCAGUGAGUUUACCUAAGAGGUCACCAGUUUUAAAUUACAAUUAACUGAUUUAUCUAGUGCUGUGAUCCAACGCAACUUAAAGUGGAGGAAAUGGUAAUGAUUUAUGGGUGCACCCUGGGAUUCAAACCCACAACCUCUACAUACCUGCAUACAGUACCAGCAGCUCCAGCUGGCUGUACCUAAACUUCUGGACACUAGGUGGCGCCAUGGCACACCAGGCUAAAAAGACCCUAAGGGCCACCAGGAUGUCUGCCUUAUUACCGCUGGGAUUUCCUGCGGGGAUGCAUCGCCUAUGGCAAACGCGCUGUUUCUUACCACCAAAUGGACAGCGAUGAUACCACACAUGGCCAUUGGGUGGCGCUGUGCUGGACAAAGCUCAAUAAUGAGCACUCUGAGAGUUCAGGCUUACAACAACCCUAUUCUCAGUGCGCUGUUUCCAGCUUUUGGAAAAUAUCUCAAUGUAAUUUUAAUUCUAUAAAUAAAUUAACCUUUCUGACAGUGUGGUGUAAGAAAUAAGCUGGACUGAAGGCCUGUUCUGUGUGCCUUUGAAACCAAUUUCUUGCAUAUGGGGUUACUUGUUAAUCCUUACGGCAUAUGUAAAUAGCCAACUGACUGUACAGAAUAUUAACAGAACCAAAUAGAAAAACAGUGAAAAUGGAAGUUGAAAUAUCGGUCGGGUGUUUUUCGGAAAUUUUCACCAGAGCAAAGCGCAAAGGCAGAGGACGGUGCGGCGGUUAGGGAUGUUGCCGGUUCAGGUGCCGGUAUGGGACCAGCUCUUUGUCCCCCCAACAACUUGCUUAACCUGAAUAGCUAUUCCAGUCUAAAUUGAGAAACAUGAAUUUAUCAGCAUCUCGCUUGUUCAUAUAUGUGCUUCGUUUGCAUGUGUAACUCACAGAAAAUGUAUUCUUAUUUUAUGCAGCCAGGUUAAAGAAACUGUGACUGUGGAUUUUAUUUUAAUUUUUCCAAUGUGUUAUUACUGCUUGUCAUGCGAAAUAACGGAUUUUCAUGGAGUGCCGUUAAGAUGAGCACGUAUGUUGCAUCCCUGUCCAGGGGGGUGGGAGCGCCGUCAAAUGCCCAGACGACAACCUUAAAAAAAAUCAAGGCUGCAACCGCUCUUCUCCUCUUUUUCAACGGUUCCUCUUUCGUGAUAGUGGAACUUUUGAAUGCCACGGCAUAAAACAGAAAUAUUUUAUUUUUUUGCUCGCGCCCUAAAGUGAAAACACGGAUCGCUUAUCAAGAGAGGUCAGGUCGACUGACGGUGUAAAAGGCUUAAGGACCCGAAAUAAAGCAUCUCAGCUGCUCUGGAGACCCCUCACUUUCUCCCAGCGGGGAUGUUAAACCAUUACAGCAGGAAAAUCGAAGGGAUCGUGGAAGAGGGACAUCUUGUAUUUCCACGAGCGUUUGAAACAAGCUCUUCAGUUUACAAUGCAUAUUAAGCAGAUGAGUGAAUGUGGAAUUAUAAUCUACUUGGACCUUAAACGCAAGCGUGACGAUCUAAGCAAUAUCACAAGGUUCGAUUCAGUGAACAGAGCGAACCUUGGUUCACAAAAACAUUAUAAUGUCCAUUUUCCUAGUCAAGGGGUUGUGUCUAUGAAAUAACACGUAGAGCAAACGCUACGCUCUGCUGGCGCCCUUCUUCCUACGAAAGGGACGUGCCCUUGUGUUUUAUGGCGUGCCUGACGGGCCUUAUCUAAUUAUUAUACAAGAACCACAUUAAGGAGAAUGUUUGAGAUGAACCUCUCUCCAAUGGACUCGCAGAAUGGAGGCAUUUUCUCCAUGACCUGCCCUGUAUACGCUCACCGAUUGAGAUGCACCAAAUGCAGCGCCCGCAGACGGAAAACAAACGUCAUCUCAGCCAUUUCACUGGAGAUUUUUUCUAUCUCGUUAUAUUAGGCCUAUGUGCUCAUUUGCGGGUCGGCAUAACAUAUCAAAUUAUGGAUAAAUAUUGUAGGAAGUUAUAAGUGGUUGUU